CACGCCAAUCCACUUAUUUGAGUUUCCUUUCCUUAAGUUUGUAUUGUAGUCACAGACCAAGUAGAGAUGCUUUGCAUGUAUUAGUGUAUGUUGUUAAAGACUGACAUAAAACACGGUUUUACUUAAGAAUUUUACUUACCUACAAAGAAAAUUCCUUAAUACAAGUAUAGUUUGUGUCGUGAGGUUUCCUGUACUCAAAAUGUCUUCAAGAAACAAAAUUAAAUGUGGGAUAAACGUUGAAACUGGAGCUUUAAUAUUCGCAAUGUUUAAUUUUGUAUUCACAGGCCUGGCUGUAAUAGCAAGCCUAGGUUUAUUCUGCUACACUCUUGGGGAGUGGAAUUACAACACACGUCGAACUUCAGUCUUUAUGGAAAAUGACAAAGAUCUUAUGGUGAGAAGUGCUUCGUUGAUGGUUGUAGUAUUCGCCAUUAUUGCACUCGUUUUCGCCAUAAUACUUGUUAUAGGUGUUGUGCAGAGGAAACCAGGAUGCCUUAAAGUAUACUUGGUGUAUGGAGUACUCGUCGUUGUCUUGUCAACAGCAACAGCUAUCUGCCUGACCUUCCUCUUCCGCAACAAUUACUCAAACUUCGUCACGUUCAUGAAUAUUAUAUCAGCCAUCGUUAUAACUUUGUUUUUCUACACUCUCGUGUUGCUGACGAUCCGCUCCACGUACAAGAAGUACGAACGCGAGAUGAAUCCUCCACAUUAUUUUACACAAAAUAUACUUCCCACUACCGACCCAAUCAAAAACCUGUAUUAUUCCACUGCUGAGCUCAGGCCUCCUCCAUAUUAUACCUCCCAGCCCAGUCCUGAGAAAACCUCGUAAGCACAGAAACAUAUUAGUAGUUAAAUAUUUCGUCGCUGACGUCGCAAAAAAACGUAUCUGAAAUUUUUGACGAAUCUAAUUUGCACCAUUUGCAAUUGUCAAUAAGAUACAAAUUAUUUUAGCUAAAAAUUUCAGAUACGUCUAUUUGCAAAGUUAGCCACGAUUUGUUUCCAUAUAAGCUCACAACUAUAUCUCAAUUCUAGUAUCCAAAGGUACAUCCCAUCACAAGAUGAAUUAAGACCCAUUCAUACCUCACCGAGCUUUAAACGACGAGCAGCCUUCUGCCUUUUUUUGUUUUAAAAUUUCUGUUAUUAUAUUACUUAGGUACUAAAUUAUUUAUUAAAUAAAAUCAAUGUUAAAAUGUUA